CAAUAUUUGAUUAAUAUUUGCAAAGUCUAUGGAUCGCCAUAUUUUGGGUGAUAUAAAAAGGCUAAUAUUUUAAUUCAAUUUAAUAUUUUGCUUGGGAAUAGGUUGACAACGCUCCAAUGAUAUUAAUCAAGGCUACAACGUUAGCCGAAUAGUUAUGUUGCUAAUCAUUAGGCCUUUGUCUCUCUUUACCAGUUGCCACUUGUGUUUGUCCUCUUGAAAAUAAAUCUGUCAGCUUGGCACAUUUGGCAGCAUCCUCCUCCAAUGCCUUUCUUUUUUUCAACCUGGCUUUUUCAGCCCCUCCUGCCCUCUUCCUCCCGUCCAUCCUCCCUGACGCGUAUCGUUGCGGUCGGGCCGACCCAGCUAUCCGUAGCUAAGAGAACUUUUUGGAAAAGACGGCUAAGGACCGAACCAACUCUAUUAUUUGGGAGGGGUGAACUUCCUCGCAUGGUACAACCCAUCUUAAUUUCACACCCCUCCCCCACCUCCUGGUUGCCCCUCUCUCUUGUUUUCACUUUCGUCUGAAUUACAAGAAGAAAGCAGGUAAGGCGAAAUGCUCUCUUCAUUUGUUCUUUUAAUGUUUAUAAAUAAGGUAUGUGCUUAUUUACUACGGUACUAAAUGUUUUUUGUUGUUGUGCUUACUUAAUUAAUAGUUAGUUUCACAAAAACGGAGCCUGGGUUUGUAGUUCUGUAUUUUCUAACUUUAAAUAGUUAAAUAAUGUUCCUGUUCCAACUUUAAAAAGUAAAAUAAUUUUCCUGUUGAACCUGUACAUUUCGGUGGUGUUCCUUCUUCUUUAAAUGAGUUACGGAACAACUAGAAAUAAAUCGUUGAAAAACGGCGUUUUUUUCGGACACAGCCAGAAAAAUGCACAUUUCUAAAAACACACGAGGGAGCUCCACGGAGCUUCUUCGGCUAGUUAUUGCUAAUUCCAAUUCAGCUAAAUAAUUUUUAAAUCAGUUUUUAAAUUAAAAUGUUUUAUAUGUGAAAUAAUUUCCUACUUGUUUAAGUUAAGAUGUUUAUUUUCUUCUUCUUUCAGUUUUUAAAUUAAAAUGUUUUAUAUGUGAAAUAAUUUCCUACUUGUUUAAGUUAAAGCAACACUAUGUAACUUUUGGACCUUAAAAUAAUAGCUUGAAAAAAUUUGUGCCGCUACAAUGACUUUUAAUAUGACGAUUUGCGUCUCCGCUAUUGCCAUCUGGGGUCUGUGGGGAAAUAACUCCGCUAUGUAAGAUUCUGGAGCCGCCCGGUAUAUCCGGCGGAUGUACUCGACCUGCUUUCUGGCAGUGAUUACGCAAUGUCAUAUAGUGCCACUCCACGCUCGCAGCUCAUAAGGGUAGCUUUUUUAUGUAGCUUUUUGGUGUUGUCAACAAUAUUGUAUUCGAUCACACGUACUCUUCUAUUAGUGAUCCCGCCCGUUGGUAUGAAUCCAAAAUAGAAAGUCGCCGGUUGCUGCCGUUCUGAGUCCGCCGUCGGUCAGCGCGCUCCAAACUAAAAAACCCUCGCGUCACCUCCCCCUCGUCACCUUUUAUAACCCGUGACACGUACAAAUAAUAAUAAUAAUAUUAUAAUACAGGACAACACAUGAUCCCAACUCAAUACAAGUGUAUGCGAGGCUGCAUCUAUCGUCACUGGGUAUUUACGACACUGAAAUCGAAACCUAAAUACCUAAAAACCUGAAGGGGGCGCCAAAAGUGAAAAGUUACAUAGUGUUGCUUUAAGAUGUUUAUUUUCUUCUUCUUUCAGUUUUUAAAUUAAAAUGUUUUAUAUGUGAAAUAAUUUCCUACUUGUUUGAGUUAAGAUGUUUAUUUUCUUCUUCUUUCAGAAAUGAAUGGAACAAUCAAUUCAUCAAUUUGUCCGAUGUGCCUUCAGACAUACAAAGCCUUGUCGCAGCAUCUCAGGAGGGCGCAUUUGAUAAAGAAUGUGAAAGAAAGAAAACUACUUCUUAACAUGGCAUCCGGGCGGGUCAAUAUCCGGUGCACCCCUUGUCCAGUCGUGGGCUGCAAAUAUCACAGCUCAAGACUGGACAAGCACCUCCAGGAAGGCCACCCGGAGCUGACCCGAACCCGGAUGGCCAUGGAAGUAGUCACUGUCAAGAGGGCGGUGACGGUGAAGCUUCUUGGCUAUCUGAGGGCCACAAACCCUCAGAUAGCCAUGAACUCAGGUUUUGACCUGGAGGUAAACCAUAACGAGGACAUACAGGGGGUCGCUGACGUUGACUCGGGGCUGGUCUGCCACAGAACAGAAGGCGUGGCUGUGAGGGCGGAGCUCCAGGACACGUUUGUGAAAAUUGAGGUUCUGCGAAGAAAACUCUGCCAAGACCAGAAGGUGGCCAAAGAGGUGAGUGCAGCUGGAUGGAAGUUGAACAGCAUCAUGCCAGUUUUCCAAUUAAUAUUAAUCAUACUCUUUUCUUUUUUUUCUCAGAUGAAGGAAGAUGCAGCUGGCAGCCAGGGAGUAGAGCAGUGUGUGGAGGUGCGGGAUGAGUGUUUGGAGGAGGUCAAUUUUGAUAAUGAAGACGACUGCAGAGAGAAAACAGUGAGGUUCUCAGCUGAUGACGCCAGCCAUGAAAACAGGAAUCUUCCUCUCUCAGCGGAGAAGACCCAUCUUCAGCGGAGAGACCGAUCUUUAUCAGCAGAUGCUUUGGACCUAGGAUUUAAAACCCCCCUAAAUGAGACAAGUGGCCCCAUGGCUAACCCUGUGAUCACCAGAGCAGCGGCUCUUACUGCACUUUCCCCUCAAAAAACUGAAGACACAAAUGACUUCCCGCACCAAGUGAAAAGACAGAAGCCCGAUGUGGAUACUGAAAAGCAAGCUCCAGCUUUAGUUUACUCUGCUGUGAAGAAGCCAACACUUGAAACCAUCUUGGAAGAGCCGGAGCACGAUGUAAGCAUGGUAAUGAAUGAAACUCAGACAUGCUGCAUUUUGGGACAAACGGAUGAGCCACCUCAAUGCCCCUCUUCCACACAGGACUUGAACCCCAAUUCAGACCAUUUAACAAAAACCGAGGCUACUGUCAAUGUUACGAAUAAACUGAGCAGUUUUGACGAUGAUCUGAGCAAUAUCUAUAACGAAGAGCUUGGAAGCUACGAAGAUGUGUCAGAAACGCUGGACAUGAGUCCUCAGAGAGCCGCUGGAAAAGGGUUCCACGUGGAUAAGCUGUUAGAGGACACUGUAUUUACAGAGGAGUCUCCUAGUUCUGUCCAUGGGAAGAGGAGAUCUUUGCCAGUUGAUGAAAACAACAUGGAGGAUGAAAAGAGUAUGAAAACAUCUACUGAGGCGCCCACUGACGCUGAGACGCUGGUUCAUCGUCUCCCAGAAGCUGGAUUGAACUACCGGAGGGUCCCACCUGGCUCUAUAUCUUCAAGGGAACCCGACCAGAGUGACCACGAACAGAACACCAGCGCCAACAGAACACUAACGCGAGCUCAGAUCCGAGAUGAGGUCUUUGCGGACAAUCUGAUGCUGAGUCCAGUGUCACAGAUCAUCAUCGCCAUCUCUGAAAAGAUUAAGAUCCUUUUCCAGGACAGAAUGGAUAUCUGGGAAGAAUUUGAGGUCAAGAUUAACUCUGACAAUGCUCCUGUUAUCAAAACCGCCAACAAGGAAAUCACAACUAUCUUGAAAGAACUCAAGAGGGUUCAACGACAACUUGAGGUCUUCAACACGGUCUUGGAGCCCAGUGGGCAGCUUGACAACUCUAAGGCCUCUGUGGUCUCCUCCUCAUCUGGAGUUCCACCCUGUCUCCAAACGGGGCGGCAGCCCCGAGGCCCAGUGAGGGUGUCAAGAGGGCCGUGACACCAGACGAUCUAAGAGCCGGAUAUUUGGUCUGAAAUGGGACAAAAACGGUUCCACCCGGGCUGAAAAUCUGCCGUCACUCUUCAAAUGCAGGUGUCGGACCAUUGUUCACACAAUGAAAGUAAAAGGAGGGGAAGUGAGACUGUCAACAGAUGUGAAGCCUCUCGUACACCCAAACAUACACACAAAUGCACUCUGAGCAGCACACACCUCACACACACACGCACGCACGCACACACACAGCGGUGUAACUCACAGUGAAGCCUGCACUACGUGCGCUCAGUGGGAGGCCAACACAUGAGGUGAAUUUUUAAGGAAGUACCAAAAUACUUCAAUAAACCUCACGUUGGACAGGCCUCCAAGCUACUUGAUUCUCUUUAUGUUAGAGGUUGAUUCCUUUUUUUGCCAAUGACAUGAGCAACAUUGCUGAUUUAAUAAGCUCAUUGUAUUUACUUGGUUUAUUUGAAAACCUGCCCUAGAAUAAUCAUCUCAGGAAAAUCUACUAAAUACUAGAUAUAUAUAUAUAUAUAGUAUUAUUUAUAUAUAUAUAUAUGUAUAUAUAGUUAACUUCAUUUGGAAAGCAGUUACAAGAUUCAUAACUGAUAUUCCAAAUAUUGUCGUAAAUUUUAAGAUGUAGGCCUUGCUGAUCGCUUGCUGAUAUUUAAAACAGUUUGUCAUGUAAUAUCACAAAUUUAAAAGUGAACUCAAUCAAAUUUGUGAAUAACCACAUUUUGAAGUUCUUGAUUUGUUGUUGUUUCUUACAACAAUGUGACUUAUUGUUCUACUUUUUUAAGCAGAAGUGUCUGAUCUGUGUAUAUAAACAUAUUUUUGAACUGAACUGAAAUAAAAACUGA